UCUCUUUCUACUUCCGGGACACUGAGAAAAUAAACACAAUAUUGGCUAAAGCUAAUUCUUCCGUCACAGAUAUGUGUUUAUCUUUGACUCUUGUGAUGGAACAAGAAAAGUAAUACAAAUAAAAAUAUUAAUCUGGAGCUUUUCUUUUCAGCCUCAGCUGCUGCCUUUAAAAAUUCUCAAACAAACAUGACAGAGCCGCGCAACCCAGGAAUGUCCUCUAUUCCUCAGACAGCCCCAGCUCACACCGAAUCCACCUCCACUGCAGUAGAAAUGGACCCAGUGGAGUAUACACUUAGGAAGCGCCUUCCCAGGAAACUCCCCAAGAGACGGAACGACGUCUACGUCAACAUGAAGACUGAUUUCAGGGCUCAGCUUGCGCGCUGUCAGAAGCUGCUGGAGAGUGGGGGCCACAGAGAGAUCUGUGUGCAUGGUCUGGGCCUGGCCAUCAACAGGGCUAUCAAUAUUGCUCUUCAGCUGCAGGCCAGCAGCCAAGGGGUGCUGCAGCUGGCAGCCAACACUUCCACAGUGGAGCUGGUGGAUGACCUGGAGCCUGAAGAUCCUGAUGAGGCCGGGGAACCAAUGACUCGCACACGAAACAACUCUGCCAUUCAUAUUAAGGUUUUUUAUCCUGACCCUCAGUGACCUUAAAGUGAACUGAAGAUCCUAAAGUAUUAGAAAAAAAAACUUUUGGUCUGGUGGGACUAUACGUGGAGAAAUAUUAAAACUGUAGCACAAUGGCUGUUAAUGCACCACCUGCCUGAGUGGGAAUUCUCCAAUCUGGGAAACCAGAGUUAAUUUAAUUUGUUAAAUGUUGUCAUGUGUUGUCUCAAACUGUAACUGUUUUCAGUUUGUAGGUCUUGUAGUAGGAGUAGUGUUAGCUAGAUAAAACAUAUAUGUUCUGUAGUAUUUGUUGAAAUGGGUGUGCCAAAUGUUAAUAACCAAGUGUCUUUAAUUUUAAGGCGGAGAGUAUGAGUAUGGCUUCAUGUCUGGUUGUUUAAAACAGUGUUUCUCAACCUUUUCAGCCUGUGACCCCCAAAAUAAAGAUGCCAGAGACCGGGACCCCCCACUGUAACAGCCAUGCAUAACGAGAACAGUCAUGUGCAGGCAAAGCUGUCCAUAAGGGGGGGGGGGGUUAAAAAUGUCAAUAAAAAGGUGGUGAAUUUGGAGUUUAAAGUUAGCAGAAAUGGGUUAGAAGUGGCAAAAAUAGAAUAAAAGUUGCAAAAUAUGUGGCAAAUUUGGUGAAAUUGGAUUUAAAAGUGGGAAAAGCAGGUUAAACUAGUAAAAAUGGGUUAACUCGGAA